AUGCCAUGUAAAGGUAAUAAGCAUCAGCAUCGUUACUUGAAAAAAUCUGCCGUCCCUUCAGUGUUUGCAUGGACUACGAAAGCUAUUUUGCAGGAAGGUCAAGUUCGAGAGGAACAAUUAUUGGCACGUAAUAAAAAGGCGCUUUUUGAGCAGGCGCACACUUCUGCGCCCAUAUACAGACAUGAAGACUUAAAUUUUGCUGAAGAACUUUGUACGCAGGCUCUGGAUAUCGCAAGUGAACAGUGUAUCCAGACUCUGGAUAUUGCUAGUGACCAGUGCCCAGAGGCAGAAAACCUUGAGGAAUUAACUCCUGUCCACAAUUACAAGUCCGUAGGAACCCAGUCAAGUGUUAUGUUAAAAAUAUUUUCUACAGAUUUAUUAUUAACUGAUAAUGAGUCACUCAUGUUUUACACAGGAUUAGAAUUUUACUCAAAAUUUCAACUAAUGCUCAACACCGUCUUGCCAAUGGCCAAUAGUCUUACAUACCGCUGGAGUCAAGUUAUUGGCGUCUCAAUUGAAGAUGAAUUCCUUAUAUUACUUAUUAAGCUCAGACGCAAUAAACCUGAUUACGAAAUAGCUAAAAUAUUCAAUAUAAGCAAAACCGAGGUUUCAAACAUAAUAGUUACUUGGAUUCACUUUGUACAUAAAUUAUGGUCAAUGAUUGAUAUUUGGCCUCGACGUGAUUUAGUACAUUACUAUAUGCCUCAAAUAUUUAAAGAUUAA